AAUAUCAAUAAUCUUAAAAACAUUGACCGCCGCAGUUCGUAGAAUGUCGACGUGUUGGUCCGGGUGCGUGUCACGAAGGACUGUAUUCCUGAAUACUAUUAAUUAUUAUACUAUAAUAUUGUUGUAAAUUCUAUUAAAAUUAUUUGUUUAUUAACAAUUGCUUUAAUUUUGAUGUCAUGUAAAUUAUUCGACUUGAUCGUUUACUUUAUGUCGCGAGAUUCGGAUAUUACUAAAUUUAAAAACAUUUUACUUUAAAAAGAAAAACAAACAAGUAUUAUUUUAGAUAUUUAAAAAUGCAAUCUGCAAUAGAUAGUCGUUUUCAAUGUUCUAUAUGUCUCAACUGCUUGAAAGAUCCUGUGCUUACGAGAUGUGGACAUCGUUUUUGUUCAGAAUGCAUACACGCGUGGUUAAAACGCAAAAGUCAAAUUUGCCCAAUCGAUUUUGAGUCGUUAUCUAGUGACGGCUUGUUUCCGGAUAACUAUACGAAACGGGAAAUAGACGAGCAGAAAGUGUCUUGUUCAAAUGAGGGUUGUGGAAUUGUAAUCCCGUUAUUGCAAGCCGAUGAUCACUUUGCCACAUGUAAAUUUAAUAAAAACGAAAUAAACGGAGUCGACGAAAAUGUUUGUCCUUUCCAUAUAAUUGGUUGCAAGGUGAUUUUAAAAAGUAAAGAAGAGAUAUUAUGUCAUUUAGAAGUAAAUACUUCUAAACAUUUAACUUUGUUGUCUGAAUCUCACGUUAAUCUUUUAAACAAGGUAAUGAAAAGAGAGCAAGUACAACAUAAAGCGCUAGAAGCAACACAGUUUUGGGAUGCAAACAAAGAUCCAAGUUCAGAGAAAGCGUUACUUUGCAAUCUGUACGAGAGAAUAGUUGUGUUAGAACAGAGUAAUAUUGAAAAGGACAAGGAUAUAAAACGUCUCAGCCAAAACAAUGAUGAAAAAAAUAAAGAUCAAGAACGUUUAAGUCAUAUGAUCAAUAAUUUGAGCAUGGAGUUGAUGCAAAUCCAAACCAACUUAUCGUUAGCAACUUGCAAUGGCGUUUACGUUUGGAGAUUUGAAAAUUUUAUGGAAUCUUUUAAAUUAAUGAAAGAAAAACCACUGAAAACUAGAUAUUACACACCAGGAUUUUACACGUCAGCUGCCGGUUAUAAAGUAUGCGGCCGAGUGAACAUGUCAACAGACAACCAAAAUCUUUCUCUUUUUAUACACAUGAUGCGCGGAGAUUAUGAUGAUACAUUAAAUUGGCCAUUUAAUGGUCAUAUUACAUUAUCAUUGAUUCAUCCGACUGAUCCUUCACUGACCGUUUGUUUAAAAAUGGAAUCAUCGGCCGAAUCUGAAGCAUUUAGAAAAUGUUCAUUUAGCAACAAUGGUAAUGAGACACCUCCUUUAAACCCAAGAGCAUUUGGUUACAGUGAGUUUGUCGCUAUUGACGAAGUCUUACAAAAUGGAUUUAUUAAAGAUGACUCAAUUGUUAUAAAAAUAAUUGUAGAAUGCAUUGAAAAUUGAUCUCUCUUGAUUUUCUAAAUUUUAAUUUACCUAAAACUUUUGUGAUAUGUAUAAUUAUAUCCGUCCUUUUUAUUUUAGACUAUAAUAAUAACCUUAACUAAUAAUUACAUAUUUUUAUUAUGUUGUACAAAAAAAAAUUAUUUGUCACUGAAA